UGUUUACGAGCCCGAAGAGAACUCUUUGGGGAGGGGAAAAGUUUGUGCUGGAGAGUCCGUGGCGCCAAAACUCCAGAUAAAGCUGCAAAUGUUCGUCCCUUUCCAAAAGCUGCGGGUCAUGAAAGGGCGGAGAUAAAAGCGGGACUUCUGCGCCGCUUGAAAAGAGACGCGCGCAGGAAAUCACACAACGUGCGAGCCAGCAAGGAGUGGGUCGGGUGUGUAAAAUGGCAGAAAGACCUAUUUGGGAGCAAAUUGGAACAAGUUUUGUACAAUUGUAUUAUCAACAGUUUGAUAACAAUAGGGAACAAUUAGGAGCUCUUUAUACAGAUGCUUCCUGCUUAUCAUGGGAAGGGCAGCAGUUUCAAGGAAAAGCGUCAAUUAUGGAAAAGUUGCUGAGACUGCCAUUCCAAAAAAUUCAGCACAACAUAACAUCCCAAGAUCAUCAACCAGCUCCUGACAAUUGUAUCCUUAGUAUGAUAGUUGGUCAACUGAAGGUGGAUGAUGAUCCAGUGAUGGGAUUCCACCAGCUGUUUGUCCUCAAGAACAUUAAUGACAAAUGGGUUUGUUCCAAUGACAUAUUUAGACUGGCUCUAUACAACUUUGCUUGAGAUUUCUGUUCUCAAAUGAGCCUUUACUCAUCUCAGAUUUGAGAUAAAACAAAACUUCAUUUGAAAAUAUCUGUAACUUGAUUACUGAAAAAUGUCAUUGUCUUGUUAUGUUAUAUGAAGUAAUUAAGAUAGCCACUAUAUUGGAUAUAUUUUUCUCUUGUAUAUUACAUAAAAUACCAAAUGUAUGCAGGGUGGUUAAAAAUGGAUUUCAUAUUUUUAUGACAUUAAAGUUGCUGAAACCCACAAAAUUGAUUUGUUAUGAAGA